CAUUACUGCAAGUAGCGAACGAAAAUGUCGACGACGGUGAAGAGAGAUCUGGAAACCAGAUCGCCGGCGACAAUGUCUUACCGGAGCAAUUCUUCACCACAACCUUCGCUGCCGUUAGUCGUCACUCUCAAUUGCAUCGAAGACGUGAGUAUCGAACAGGAAUACCUCGCCGGCGUGGCAAGGGUUGAGCACGUACCUCUGAGCCUACUUGCUGAGGCAAAGAUCGAGUCUGCUGCAGCUGUUCUUCUUCACUCGCUUGCUUUCCUACCCCGUGCUGCCCAGCGCCGGCUCCGGCCAUGGCAGAUCGUUCUAUGCUUAGGCUCGUCUGAUCGGUCUGUGGACUCUGCUAUUGCCGCCGACCUAGGGCUUGGUAGGCUUGUACACGUGGACGUGUCGCGAGCUGAGGAGGUUGCUGAUACCGUGAUGGCGUUGUUUCUAGGGCUGCUACGACGCACACACUUGCUUUCACGCCACGCGCUUUCGGCUUCUGGUUGGCUCGGAUCGGUACAGCCACUUUGCCGUGGAAUGCGGCGGUGCCGAGGGCUUGUGCUAGGGAUAAUUGGCCGGUCUGCUUCUGCCAAGUCUUUGGCUACUCGAAGUUUGGCUUUUAAGAUUAGCGUGCUCUAUUAUGAUGUUCAUGAGGAAAAAGGCAAAAGACUAAGCAGGUUUCCUCCUGCUGCCAGGAGGAUGGACACUCUUAAUGAUUUAUUGGCUGCAAGUGACCUUAUUUCACUCCAUUGUGCCCUAACAAAUGAUACUAUUCAAAUUAUAAAUGCUGAAUGCUUGCAGCAUGUCAAGCCAGGGGCGUUUCUGGUAAAUACUGGUAGCAGCCAGUUAUUGGAUGAUUGUGCAGUAAAACAGCUUUUGAUUGAUGGCACAAUUGCAGGAUGCGCUCUGGAUGGAGCCGAAGGGCCUCAAUGGAUGGAAGCAUGGGUACGCGAGAUGCCCAAUGUUUUGAUACUUCCCCGCAGUGCAGAUUAUAGUGAAGAAGUGUGGAUGGAGAUUCGCGAAAAAGCUGUUUCUAUUUUGCAGACAUUCUUUAUGGAUGACGUAAUUCCAACGGAUGCCAUUUCUGACAACGACGAAGAGGAAAGUGGAACACUUUACGAAGAUGAACAAAGCGAUAAGCAAGACAAAGAUGGUGCAUUGCAUAGUUCUACUACUGAACAAUUAACCGAUGAUAUUCAUGUAUCAUUCGAGAAAUCCAUGAAAAACGAUAUUCCUCAGUCACUCGCGUCUCCCAGCCAAGCUCAAGAAUCGAUAUUAUUGCAAAACACUUCUCAAUCUGAAGUCAAACGCAGUAGAUCAAGUAAAAAAGCUAAAAAAAGGCACGCCCGCCAAAAAUCGAUGCAUAAAGUGGGUGAUACUUCUACACCCCACAAAGAAGAUGACACUGCCAUGAGUGGCACGGACCAAGUGCUGAGUUCUAGUUCACAUUUUGCUUCCCCUGAUGAUUCAAGAAGUAAAAGAACACCGAUUGGAUCAUCAAUACACGAUUUAUCGGCUAAAUAUCUCAAGUCGAGCUCUGGUAUUGGUAAAAAGUCUCUUGAGUUGUUAAAGGAUGGAUGUGUUAUUUCUUUGCAAGCACGAGAUCGUGCUGCACUUCAUGUCUCUAGGCAGAGAGCUCAAGGCGGUGGAUGGUUUUUGGAUACAAUGUUGAAUGUAACAAAAAGAGAUCCAGCAGCGCAAUUUCUUGUUGUUUUCAGAAGCAAGGACACAAUUGGCUUAAGAUCUUUCACUGCCGGUGGCAAGUUGUUGCAGAUUAAUAGAAGAAUGGAAUUUGUAUUUGCUAGUCAUAGUUUUGACGUGUGGGAGAGUUGGACGUUUGAAGGCUCUUUGGAGGAAUGCAGACUGGUUAACUGUAGAAAUCCGUCUGCUGUUCUAGAUGUACGUGUGGAGAUUCUAGCAACCGUAGGAGACGAUGAUGGUGUAACCCGCUGGCUCGAUUGAUCCAAUCUCUACUAACUUUCAAAAGCCAAGCAGCCGUGUGCACAGGAUUUCGUUCGCGCAUUCUUUCUCUCGAGGUUUGUACUAUUGUUUUCAAAUUAAUUCGUAAAGCGUUUGGCUUUAUAUACCUACAAAGUUUUGUGUUCCAGUUGUAUGAUCCUACCCUAGUGUGCCUAUGUAUUUCAUUCAGGCAUUCAUUAUCUCGAGGUUUGUACUACCAUUCAUCCAACCCCAGUUCCAUACGACUAUAUUCUACCAUUCGUUGUCUCGAGGUUUAUGCUACCGUUUAUAACCAAAUCGUAAAGCAUUCUGUAUCA